AUGGGUGAGCGAGGGCAUGGCUUGGAUCACUCAAGAGAUCCGUGUCCCUGGGUGGCACUUUCAGAUUUUGGUGGAGCAUUCUGUAUGGGAGCAAUAGGAGGAGCAGUAUGGCACGGUGUAAAAGGCUUCAGAAACUCACCGUAUGGUGAGCGACGGAUAGGAGCCCUCACAGCGAUAAAAGCCCGCGCUCCAGUCCUCGGUGGUAACUUCGGUGUCUGGGGCGGCAUGUUCAGCACCUUCGACUGCGCCGUAAAAGGCAUCCGCAAGAAGGAAGACCCCUGGAACGCCAUCAUCGCCGGAUUCUUCACAGGAGGCGCCCUCGCCGUACGAGGAGGCCCACGAGCGAUCCGCAACGGCGCCAUCGGCUGCGCCAUCCUCCUAGCCGUCAUCGAAGGCGUCGGCAUCGGUUUCCAGAGAAUGAUGGCCGAGAACACGCGGUUAGAACUCCCACCUCCGCCUCCCAACUCGACGAGCUCGGCAGGAAGUGAAGGGCGGUUAGCAGCUGCUUGA